CACACAAACGCAGUUAGCUUUUGCUUUUGAUUUUUUGCCAGUCGUCGUGUUAUUUUCGACGUGCGCCCGCUUUUGCUUCAUUCAUUAAAAGAUAAGCCAAGAUAAUAAUGUGCGAUUGAAUCAAUCGUACUCUAACGCAAAUCAUUAACCACGUAGCAUAUAAUACUAAAAUAAAUAAGGAAACAUGCAGCUAAUCAAGUGCUUGCUGCUCGUUCAACUGGCGGCGCUCUUCUGCCUACUGCUGGACGAAGCGCAGGCGGCGGGCAGAGACUUCUACAAGAUACUGAACGUGAAGCGCAACGCCAACACAAACGAGAUAAAGAAGGCGUAUCGCCGUCUGGCCAAGGAAUUGCAUCCGGAUAAGAACAAAGAUGAUCCAGAUGCAUCCACCAAGUUCCAGGAUUUGGGCGCCGCCUACGAAGUCCUCUCGAAUGCUGACAAACGCAAGACUUACGAUCGCUGUGGCGAGGAGUGUUUGAAGAAGGAGGGCAUGAUGGAUCACGGUGGCGAUCCGUUUGCUUCAUUUUUUGGAGACUUUGGGUUCCCCUUUGGCAAUGAUCAUCAUCAUCAGGAUACGCCCAGAGGCGCUGACAUUGUAAUGAACAUGUUUGUGUCGCUGGAGGAGCUAUACUCAGGCAAUUUCGUGGAAAUUGUGCGCAACAAGCCGGUUAUGAAACCAGCCUCCGGCACCCGCAAGUGCAACUGUCGUCAGGAGAUGGUUACUCGCAAUCUGGGACCAGGACGCUUUCAAAUGAUACAGCAAACGGUGUGCGACGAGUGUCCCAACGUUAAGCUGGUCAAUGAGGAGCGCACACUGGAAAUAGAGGUGGAACAGGGAAUGGUCGAUGGUCAGGAGACACGCUUUGUGGCAGAGGGUGAACCACACAUCGAUGGCGAGCCGGGAGAUUUGAUUGUGCGUGUGCAGCAAAUGCCGCAUGCUCGGUUCCUUCGCAAGGGCGACGAUCUGUAUACAAAUGUCACAAUUAGUCUGCAGGAUGCCCUUGUGGGCUUCAGCAUGGAGAUCAAACAUCUGGAUGGACACCUGGUGGGCGUGACGCGGGAGAAGAUCACGUGGCCAGGAGCUCGCAUUAGGAAGAAGGGCGAAGGCAUGCCGAACUUUGAGAACAACAAUCUUACGGGCAAUCUCUACAUCACCUUUGACGUGGAGUUCCCCAAGCAGGAUCUGACCGAGGAGGACAAGGAAGCUCUUAAGAAGAUACUCGCACAGUCGUCCAUAAAUCGCGUCUACAACGGGCUGUGAAUGAUUCUCACUUGGGCUGUACUUUAAGUAGAUGUAUUUAUUGUAGAUGUGUGAAGAAGACUUUGCUAUAACUAUAACUAUAGUCUAGAGAAACUGUGAACUAAAUCAAUUUUGGAGGCGUGCCAACAAGUCGCCACAACAGCAACAUGAACAGGAAACAAGAACAGAAAAAAUGCUAAAAUAAAAGAAAAUCUAGAAAUUAUAA